AGAAGCUCUCCAUCCAACAGAAGUCCCUUGGGACAGCAGAGCUCACCAGCGUCUGGGACAAGAGCCAGGGAGAAACCAGAACGAAGGCACCUUUCGUCAACAUGACUUCCAAGCUGGCUAUUGCUCUCUUGGCAGUUUUCCUGCUUUCUGCAGCUCUGUGCGAAGCUGCAGUUCUGUCAAGAAUGAGUUCAGAACUUCGAUGCCAGUGCAUAAAUACUCACUCCUCGCCUUUCCAUCCCAAAUAUAUCAAAGAACUGAGAGUGAUUGACAGUGGCCCACAUUGUGAAAACUCAGAAAUCAUUGUAAAGCUGGUCAAUGGAAAAGAGGUGUGCCUGGACCCCAAGGAAAAAUGGGUACAGAAGGUUGUGCAGAUAUUUUUGAAGAGGGCUGAGAAACAGGAAUCAUGAAACAAAUAAACACAUUCUCCAUGAUUUCCAAGAAUUCCUCAGUAAAGAUGCCAAUGAGACUUCAAAGAAAUCUACUUCAGCGCUUCAUGUUCUGUGUGGGUCUGGUGUGGGGUGGUCAGAUAAAAUACAAUAUGCCCAGUUAGAUUUGAAUAUUAAGUAAAACAAUGAAUAAUUUUUUUCCAAUGUCUCAUAUACGUUGUCCUAUGCAAUAUCUAGGCACAUUUAUAUUAAAAAUAUUAUUCAUUGUUUACUGUAAAUUCAAAUUUAGCUGAAAAUCCUGGAUAUAUUUUGUUGUUGUUACAUUGUUCCACCCCAGCCUGCUGGCCAGGAUGCACCAGUCCCUGUUCAACUUUGCCUUGGUUUCUUCUUUAUUCCUCAACUGGAGAAAAAGUAUCAGCCACCAUCCUACCUCACAGAGAUGUGAGGACAUGUGGAAGCACUUUAACUUUUUCUCAUGUUGUCUCAAUUAUGUUCAGGUGAAACUUGUUUGCUUAUUUAUUAUUUAUAUAUUUAUUUAAGAAAUAAAUAUAGGGAUAUGUGUGCAUAAAUUUGGAAAAAUGGGAAAGGAACUAUUAUUGAUAGGCUAGUAGAAUGAUGGUAGUGAAUUUAUAUUUAUUUUAAUAUUAAAUGAUGUUAUAUUAGAGAAUUAUUUUGAACAAGGUUGCCAGAUUUAGCAAAAUUAAAAACAAACACCCAAUUAAUUUUGAAUUCAGACAAUGGCUAAUUUUUUAGUAUAUCAUUAUUUAUCUGAAAUUUUCAUUGAACUAGCAAUCCUAUUUUUGAUAUUCCCAGUCUUGUCUUAUUGUGGGCAGCCUUGCUGUGCACUGCUGUGUUGAAUCAUCAGAACCCUGAGUUAGAAUUGUUUCUCAAAACAGCAAAAAUUCAACAGGCAAAAAUUAAAAAAAUAAAAUAAUAAAAAAAAAUCCAACGGGCAAUGUUAACAAAGUAAUUUCUUGCUAGAUAAAACUUAUUUAUUAUUUACAAAUGGAUUCUAAUAAUUUCACUUAAAUUAUUGUGUUUUUAAACACUAACUUUAUUUUUUGACUUUAAAAUGCUUUUAUGUGUUCCCAAAAGAGAUUUUUUCUACUAUUUUUGAUGUAUGGAAAUAAAAAUGUAACCAUAAAAUAUUUAAAAUAAAACUUCUUGUCAAAGUCA